AUGGUCUGGCAGCACGGCGACGAACACAACAUACCAAAGGAACAUGAGGUCCACAGCCAUGGCUACUGGUUCCCAGCUGACCGGCGAGUUCACCAUGAGUGGCUGCGCCGUCAGGUCAACCACGUCGACAAGAAUCCCAAGGAUCUCAUUCCUGUAAUGCAGGAGUUCAAGGACUUCAUCGAGAACAACACACGCAUCUACAUGUACUUCUGCCAGAUGUGGGAUGAGAUCCCCAUGAAGCGUCCGUACAACAAGGAUCCAACGGGCCAUAAGCAGAUUCGUGACUAUGAGCAUAUGCUGGCAGUUCUAAAUCAUACCUUUUCGAGAGCUCCGGAGUGGACUGAUGCAGCCGAGAGUGUUGGCAUGGUGGGCGUGCCGAUGUGUGCCAUAUUUGACUAUGCGAUGGGGACGCCGAGCGGCCACGCAGCAUUCUUAGACCCUGAUGUCAACAAAAUGCUCAAGAAAACUGCUGAGUCUGCCGAGGUGCUCGGAGAUCACAAGGUGGGCUGGUUCGGGGAGGUCGGCUACAAGGAUCUGAUGCAAGUGGCAAAUGCACCGUACAAGUCUGACCACAAGUUCGAGAAUAUGUACAUCUGUGAUCCGUCAGCCAAGCACUUCGGGUUCAAAUCAUGGGACGACUUCUUCACCAGAAAGGUCCAUGACUCCGCACGGCCAGUCGCCGAUCCCGAUGAUGAUAAUGUCAUUGCAAACGCCUGCGAGUCAAAGGUCUACAACGUGGCUCAUGAUGUCAAGUUGCGAGACAAGUUCUUCAUUAAGGGGCAGCCGUACUCUAUCGUCGACAUGCUGGCUGGAGAUCCUCUUUCUAGGCAGUUCGCUGGAGGCACAGUUUAUCAGGCAUUCCUUUCCGCUUUGUCGUACCACCGCUGGCACUCGCCUGUAUCGGGCACUGUCAAGAAGGCUUUCGUUCAAGAUGGCACAUAUUUCUCAGAACCCCUCUUCGAAGGUGUCGGCGAUCCAUCAAAUCGUGGAGAGGAGAUUGACUCGAAGGGUAUCAGCGUCGCUCAAGGUUAUCUCACCGCGUUAGCAACACGCGCAAUCAUCUUCAUCGAGGCAGAUAAUCCCGCGAUUGGACUCAUGGUAUUCAUUGGCAUUGGUAUGGAUGAGGUCAGCACGUGUGAGAUUACGGUCAAGGAAGGACAGCACAUCAAGAAGGGCGAUCAAACUGGAAUGUUCCACUUCGGCGGCUCAACGCAUUGCCUAAUAUUUCGGAAGGGAGUCAAGGUAGAAGGCUUUCCUCAACCUGGAAGGCAGGCGAACGUUCCGGUGAGGAGCAAAUUGGCAACUGUGAAGACCUAG